CAAAAUUGAUGUAAAAUUUUUUAGGUAUAAAUAUACAGAUAUAAAACCUUGUCAUUCAAAGAAAAGGAAAGCCAUGCAUACAGAUGCCUUAGAAAACGAUGGCGAGAGCAGAGCUCAGUCCUGUCGCACGAGCGGUGAUGGCAUGGAACACAUUGACGUCGCGACCAAAGCGAAAGUGGAACACGAAGAGCCGUCGUCAGCCAGUUUCGAAGCCGUUAAGACUAAGCGACCUCAAUUACCGCGUAAGGACAGCACGAUAGUCCAGGAAGCGGUAAUUGAGUCGAGGACGUUCCAGGGCAGUAGUAACACUGCUUCGCUGCCGUUGCCUGGCUUACACACGCUCUACCGGCGCCCCGACGUGAUGAGCCGCAGCCUUGCACCUGUGCUGCCCAAGGGUGAACUUAUCCAGCUUAAACCCAGGCUGGUGAGCACAUCUGAACCACUGCCGGAGCAUAAGAAAACCAAACCACCGAAAUUCGUGCCUUACGAACCGUAUCCGGGUGCCGUGAAUCCCAUGACUCCGGCACAGCAAGCCGCUAAGCAGAGGACUCAGAGGGUUAGCAAAAACAAUUUAGACAUUGGCGUUCUGGCGGAUCAGGUAUCGACGUUGCGCACCCAGGAACUUAUCCAAGAGAAUGGCGAUGCCAAAACCACCGAUACCACCAGCGCAAGCAGCGAGGAAGUGCAGCGACUGAAGCAAGAGCUGGCUAAAAUGCAAGAGGAGCGAGAUCACUUCAAGGCGCAAUAUAAAUUCCAGACACAAGUGAACAGUGAGCUGAAGAGCCUGCUAGUGGCUUCCGUUGGCGAGGACCUACAGACACGGGUCAACCUGCUAACCGAGGAUAAGCUGCAGUUGGCUCGCGCUCUACUCGACACGGCCAACAAUUUGACGACACACACGGAGCAAAUCGAGUUCUUGGCCAGCCAAUGCGAAGUGUGGCGCUCCAAGUUCUUGGCCAGCAGCGUGAUGGUCGAGGAGCUGGCGCGCUGGAAAGCCGAUCUGACGCAAAAGAACCAAAUGUUGAACGAAUCGACCAAGCAACUGAUGCACACCACACAUCAAAUACGUGAAAUUCAACUGGACAUCCUGAAGCACCUGAAAUUCCUCGCAAAAAUACGCUAUCUGAAUCUGCCUGCCACGGAUGUAAUCAGUCUAAGCGCCGAGAACCUAAACAUCCUACAGCGCAUGGUCUUGCACUCCGGAUUGGGCAUACCCGAAACGACCUUAAAGCUUUCGAGUGCCACCAGUAGUCCGCUCUGUGAGGCAGAGAAGUACGCCGUACAGGCACUUGAAUUUGUUAGCCAGCCACUUAUGGCGACGGAUGAAGCUAUACGCGCACUAUUCGGUCAAGUGCAGCGUCCGCAUUUCGGCAUGUCAGCACCUACUGGGGAGUCGGAGGCGUCAGGCACCUUAAAAUGAGAGGAUCCCUUAUUGAGCAAUAUUUGAUUUUA